CCUGGAUUUGACGUCAGUCGCUUAUUUUGUACCAUAAACCAACAUUUAUAUUUACUUUAACUACAUAAUUUAAAAAAAAAUUGACAUCCGUGUAAUCAAGGACACCUUUGUUGAGUCCUUAUAAAUAGUCCGCCUGAAAAAAUCUUCUGUUAGUUUUUCCUUAGCCAUCAGUAAUUUUUGAAACCUAAGAGAAAAUUUUCAAUUAGAGAUGAAGUAUUUGGGAUUUUUGGUGAUUGCGAUUAUUUUUUCAGCAGCCAGUUGUGAAGAACUUUAUUCAGAUAAAUAUGAUAAUUUGAAUGUUGAUGAAGCGCUGGCUAAUACCGAAGUAAGAGAGACUUAUUUUAAUUGUUUUAUGGAUAAAGGACCAUGUGGAGAAGACGCUACUUAUUGGAAAAGUAAUUUUCCCGAAGCGAUAGCAACAAAUUGCAGAAAAUGCACCGAAUGGCAGAAAGGAGCAUUUGACAAAAUCGCCGUCUGGUACACCGCCCACGAGCCCGACAACUGGAAUUUGUUUGUUGACAAAAUGGUACAAGAAGCCAAAGCCCGAAACAUCGACGAUAGCAGGAAAUGAUUAAAGCAAAUUAAUCAAUCACCAAUUAGUUACUAAUAACAAUAAUAAUUUUAAAUUUUCUGUAUAUUGAUUUUGUCACAAUGGUAUCAAUAAAUCUU